AUGGCCCUCGGCGCGACGAUGCUCGGACGGCGGCACGUCCUCCCGGCGGUGUGCAGCACGCUCCGCGAGAUCCAGGUGGAGGGGACGUUCCCCAUGGGCACAUAUCUCGUCACUGUCCACAACCCCAUCGCUACCGACGACGGCGACCUGCGGCGCGCGCUGUACGGCAGCUUCCUCCCCGUGCCGGACACGGAGGCGUUCCCGCUGCCACCGGACUCGGAGUACGCGCUGGACAAGCAGCCCGGGGCCGUGGUGGCGGUGCGCGGCCGCGUGGUGCUGAACCAGAACCGCGCGAGGAUCCGGCUGCGCGUCACGAGCAAGGGCGACCGGCCCAUCCAGGUCGGCUCGCACUACCACUUCGUCGAGACCAACGCCCAGCUGGAGUUUGACCGCGGGCGCGCGUACGGCUACCGGCUGGAUAUUGCGGCCGGCACGUCGGUGCGCUUCGAGCCGGGCGACACCAAGACGGUAACGCUCGUCGAAAUGGGCGGCGGCCGCGUCAUCCGCGGCGGCACCGGCCUCGCCGCGGGCAUCGUCGAGCGCCGGCGCGCGGCUGACGUCGUGGCCGGUCUGCAGGCGGCCGGGUUCGCGCAUGUCGCCGAGGCCAACCCGCGCGGCGACGCCGCCCACAUCGACAUGUUUCGGAUGGACCGCGCCGCCUACGCCGCCAUGUUCGGCCCCACCACUGGCGACCUCGUCCGCCUCGGCAACACCCACCUCUGGAUCCAGGUCGAGCGCGACAUGACGUCGUACGGCGACGAGUGCAAGUUUGGCGGCGGCAAGACGCUGCGCGAGGGCAUGGGCCAGGCCACGGGCCGCCGCGACGCCGAGGCACUCGACGUCGUCGUCACCAACGCGCUGAUUGUCGACUGGACCGGCAUCUACAAGGCCGACAUUGGCGUCAAGGACGGCCUCAUUGUCGGCAUUGGCAAGGCCGGGAGCCCGGACGUCAUGGACGGCGUCACCCCCAACAUGGUCGUCGGCAGCUGUACCGACGUCAUCGCCGCCGAGGGCAAGAUUGUCACCGCCGGUGGCAUCGACACCCACAUCCAUUACAUCUGUCCGCAGCAGGCGAACGAGGCUCUGGCUUCGGGCAUAACCACGUUUCUGGGAGGCGGCACGGGUCCGAGCGCCGGCUCCAACGCCACAACCUGCACGCCAGGCAAGAACCUCAUCCGCGCCAUGCUCCAGGCCUGCGACGCCCUCCCGCUCAACGUCGGCCUUACAGGCAAAGGAUGCGACUCGUCCCCCGAGGCCCUCCGCGAGCAAAUUACAGCCGGGGCAUGCGGGCUCAAAGUCCACGAGGACUGGGGCGCGACGCCGGCAGCCAUCGACGCCUGCCUCGGCGUGUGCGACGAGCUCGACGUGCAAUGCUGCAUCCACACCGACACGCUCAACGAGUCGGGCUUCGUCGAGCAGACCAUCGCCGCCUUCAAGGGCCGCACCAUCCACACGUACCACACCGAGGGCGCGGGCGGCGGCCACGCGCCCGACAUCAUCUCCGUCGUCGAGCACCCCAACGUGCUGCCGGCGUCGACCAACCCGACGCGGCCCUUCACCAACAACACGCUCGACGAGCACCUCGACAUGCUCAUGGUGUGCCACCACCUGUCCAAGAACAUCCCCGAGGACGUGGCCUUUGCCGAGUCGCGCAUCCGCGCCGAGACCAUUGCCGCCGAGGAUGUUCUGCAGGACAUGGGCGCCAUCAGCAUCAUGAGCUCCGACUCGCAGGCCAUGGGCCGCUGCGGCGAGGUCGUCCUGCGCACCUGGAACACGGCGCACAAGAACAAGCUCCAGCGCGGCAAGCUGCCCGAGGACGAGGCCUCCGACGCCGACAACUUCAGGGUCCGCCGCUACGUGAGCAAGUACACGGUGAAUCCCGCCAUCGCCCAGGGCUUCUCCCACCUCGUCGGGAGCAUCGAGGUGGGCAAGCUGGCGGACCUGGUCAUCUGGGACCCGGCGUGGUUCGGCACGAAGCCAUCGUUUGUGCUCAAGGCCGGAAUGGUGGCCUGGGCAAUGAUGGGCGACGCGAACGGCUCCAUCCCCACGAUCCAACCCACCAUUGGGCGUCCCAUGUACGCGCCGCUCGUGCCCAGCACCAAGGUGCUCUUCGUCUCGGAGGCGUGCAUCUCCUCGGGGACGGCCGCGUCGUACGGCCUUCGGAGCCGCGUCGAGGCCGUCCGCAACUGCAGAGGCAUAGGCAAGAAGGACAUGCGCCUGAAUGACGCAAUGCCCAAGAUGAAGGUCGAUCCCGAGAGUUAUGUUGUCGAGGCGGAUGGCAAGGUGUGCAGCGCCGAACCGGCGGAGACGUUGCCGCUGACGCAGACGUGGUACAUUUACUAG